UCAAUGUGGCGGACAUCCAUAGUCACCAGGAAUAUUAGUUCCAACAAGAAACAGUUCAUGCUGAUUGAUAUAAUGUUCUCUGUGAUUAGUGUGUGAGUUGGGCGUUUGAGACCCGGUUUGAAGUACUUUAAACUAACUCGUCAAGUGAAUCACAGAACCUGAAAGAAGCUUCAAUUUGAUGGGGGUGUAGACAAACACUGGUCCCUUGAUUCAGGGACCAGGCCGGGCAGCACUGUCAUGAGGGACGGUGACAUCCCCACAAUCUUCAACCCGCGCCGAUUUCGGACGCCUAGCGUAGUAGUCACAGGGGAUGAACAGCCUCGAGGUAGUGUUCCCAACGGACCGUUCACUAGUUCCGCCCAUCUGCAGCACACAGAUUCCGUUACUGGCAGUCAGCAGGCAGCAGAGCCGUCCUCUGGCAGCGGCGCUUUGCACAAGUUGAAGAGCUGCAAGAACUCAUGCUGCUCGCGGUCAGCACGGAAGAUUUACUUCGGAGUGUGUGUGACCAUUUGUGUGACUGCUUCCUGGGUCGGAGCUACCCACUGCAUCAAGUAUCUCUACCUCCGUCGACCUGUUCCCAACACAAGCUACUCAAACAACAGCAACUCAAUGCACCGCCACAUCGUGGUGCCCUAUAAUGCUCCAUUCUUCACCACAUGGUUCUGCACCAACUGGACUGUCCUCUUCUUCCCACUCUACUUCAUCUGUUGUCUGAUAUCAACCAAGUGCAAGUCACCUGGAAGCAUCUUGUGGGAAAGUGUGUGGAAUUUUCGGGACAAGGGCUUCACUGCAGCUCGAUUUCUGACCCGCUGCAGCCUCUUCUGUCUCCUGUGGGUUGCAACCAACUACAUGUACAUCCAUUCACUACGGAUCCUUUUAGCCACUGAUGUAAUGGCACUGUUUGCCACCAAUGUGUCCUGUGUGUAUCUGCUAUCAUGGGUGAUUCUUCAUGAACAAUUUGUUGGUGUCAGAAUUGUGGCUGUGAUCCUGUGUGAUACGGGGAUAGCCCUGCUUGCUUAUAUGGAUGGCAUCACUGGCAGUCCCACACUGGGUGGUGUGGUGCUGGCUGCUUGUGCAGCUGCAGGUUCUGCAGUAUAUAAGGUUCUAUUCAAGAAGGUAAUUGGAGAGGCCAGUUAUGGCCAAGUGUCUCUAUUUUUCUCACUCAUUGGCCUCUUUAAUGCUGCGCUUCUAUGGCCUCUCUGCCUGGUGCUGUACUUCACAAGGGUGGAAACCCUGUACUGGGAGCAGCUGCCAUGGCCUGCAUUACUUGCAGCAAGUGGACUCUCACUAGCUGCCAAUCUCCUGGGGAACUUCAGUGUGGCACUAACUUACGAUUUGUUCAUCACCCUCGGCCUCAUCACAGCUGUUCCAGUUUCUGCAGCUUUGGAUGUAGUGUUGUAUGGAGCCCACUUCGUGGGAAUGAAACUAGCAGGGAUGAUCCUCAUAGCUGUUGGCUUCUUUUUGGUCAUGUUUCCUGACAACUGGCCUGACUACAUCACACGUCUCCUGCGAAACCUCAUCAUGUUGAGCCACAGCGCAAGAUGGAGUCGACGUAAUCGUCACGGUGCCCAAGGAAGCCAGAGGCGUGACAUUGUGGAUUACAGGACAGGUUAUAUUAGAUCACACCUCCGUUCCCCAUCAGGAAGAGUGAGAUGACCCGACCCAGGACAUAGCAUCACUGAUCUUGACCUAUGAUUUAAUUCUCAGAAUCUUAGAUUAUUGCAGGAUGAAGGAUGUGCUAUUAGAUUAGUUGGUGGGAUAAUGAGGCACUCAUCUGACAGCUAUCAGUUAUUAGGCAUGGUAUUGUUACCAGCAGUUGAAAUUGUAAAGUGAAAAUCUCCUCUCACAUUCACUUCUUUGCCUCCUGACUGAAACUGUACAGUGUGUACAGAUGUGCCCCAGUCAUAUGUGAGAAGCAGAAUGAAAGUUGUCAUUCAGUGAACUAUCUACUCUGACUUCUCUUUAAAUUAGUUUUCUAAAAUCACUUCAAUGACAUCACAACCUGUAGUGAAUAUUAAGUGCAGAUUACGGUGCAUGUCCUCUCUCUUCAUGUUCAAAAGGAAUUCAGAAGUAUCUGCAACAUCUGUAAACUAAAAUAACUACAUAUAAGUAAAUUAUAAUUAAUUAAAAUGGCCAUAACAUUACAGAACAUGUCACAAGAUGGAAACCGGGGAACUCAUUUAAGUCCACAAAUUGCUGUGGUACCACUCCUGGCAUCUCUCAGUAAUGUCUUGGUUUCUUUGUGCAGUGAAUGUGGCAUCCCACCGUAAUCUACACCUCGUUCAAUAACAUUAAGCCAAUAGAAGAUUAUAACGUAUCAGUAGCUACAGCAUUCAACUUCAAUGAUAUUGCAUAUAGAAAAAGUAGUUCUGAUAUAUUUGUCAUGCUAUUUUAUCUGAAUUUCUAUUAUCAUUUCUUCAGCACAGCAUAUCUAGAAUUCAAGUUCAAUUCCAUUUGCAUUGGUAGAUUACCAACAUUAAACACCCACUGCCAUUCUAAUGAGAUGUCUGUAUCCUUCUAGCAUCUUCAGGGAAUCUAUUUUAUUCGCAUUGUCAUAAAAGAACAGUUGCCUAUGGAAUACAUGUGGAUACCAAUCUGAUAAUCAGAUUUAAUGCAGUCUUUCAAUCUCAACACCAUUUGAAAUAACGAUUUACAUUUUUAAUAAAGUUUUCCAGCGGUGCAAUAGGGGUAUCAAAAGCUCUACUGUUUCCCAUGAUAAAUAACCUCUGUGCAGUUUUUCACAUGGCACAUAAUAAAUCUAUUCUGCAAAGCUGUCAUUCUCAGAGAAAAGAGGCAGUGGCUUCACUCUGAUGUCGGUUGAACAACCAUGCAGAUGAUGAGCUCCUAAACCCUUUACUGCCACUCUAAUUUAUUCAUAAAUUUAGAAACAGUUUUACUUUAUGGUGACCCUGUAUUUGAGCCUUCAUGGCCUAACUUGUUACACAGUAACUUGCUUACUGCUGAAAGUCAUAAUGAAGUACGAGUAGUAAGCACUCCUGAUUUACAUUUGGUAGGUUUUCAGUUUGAAUCUUCACUGAGAAAUCAGAUAUUCUGACACAGGAUUUUCAUGUUUUUCUUGAUCACUCCAUGUAAAUUGUGCAAUAGUACCUCAAGACAUUCCAUUACUGUCUACUCCUCUACACUAUUACAGUACCAAUGACCCAUUUAAACCAGUAGCUCAAAAGUAUGUGGUAUCAGUUGACCACUUAUGAGUUUUCUGAGUUUGUACCUCUAAGAGUGUAGUUAAGUAAACAUACAUCAGCCCUGUACCAUCCCUCCCUUACAGAAAAGAAUAUUAACAGAUAUAUACAUACGCUGGUGCAGUAAUGUCAUAUGUAUAAUACUAAAACUGCAAGCCUUCUCUUACUUCCCUAUAACCUUAUCCUGCCCUUCUAAAUUGGCAUGAAAUUCAGGCUAGCAAGAUUGAUCAGAACCUGGAAAACAUAUAGUAUAUAUUUAAACCAGCUAACCUGAUGUAAGACCAGCCACCAUCCACAUAUUCCUCUGCUUCAUGUAAUUAAUUACAGGGAUGCCACCACCUGCAUAUAUUUUUUGGGCAAAUUCCUCACACAUUUCUGUUGUCUCCAUUAUUUUAUUACACUUACCUUGCAUAUCAGACCAAUACAAUCCUAUAUCCUACAAUCCUACUGAAAAAUAUCUAUGCUACAGAACAUAGAGGAUUGUUUACGACCUAUAAUUUUUAGUUUAAAAAUUUUUCAAUAUGAUGUAUAUUUAAUACAAGAAAAGAAAUGUGACCAAAACCAUAACAAUAUAGUUGGUUGGCCCAAUGGCUUUGUAUCUGCAACGAAUUAACAUCAAGACCAAAAUGGCAUAUUUCACAUUCAGGAAAUAUGUGUUCUUCAGAUUGGAGUAUACCUCCUUUGUUGUUCAUAUGUGGAGAUUUAAGAUUGUCUACAAAUAUAAUAAAACUGUGUAUUAGUAUGAAACAGAAAUAUAACCACUGGAAAGUAAA